AUGCCUGAACCAGCCAAAUCCGCUCCGAAGAAGGGUUCCAAGAAGGCCGUCACAAAGACCGCCGGUAAGGGAGGAAAGAAGCGCAGAAAGUCCAGGAAGGAGAGUUAUGCUAUCUACGUGUAUAAAGUCCUGAAACAGGUUCAUCCUGACACCGGGAUCUCUUCCAAGGCGAUGGGAAUCAUGAACUCUUUCGUCAACGACAUCUUCGAGCGCAUCGGCGGUGAAGCGUCUCGUCUCGCUCACUACAACAAGCGCUCCACCAUCACAUCGAGAGAGAUCCAGACCGCCGUGCGUCUGCUGCUGCCCGGUGAACUGGCCAAACACGCCGUGUCUGAGGGCACAAAGGCCGUCACCAAAUACACCAGCUCCAAGUAGAAGAACAUCCGGUUUCUCAA